UAACCAGAGAACUCAAAAGAAAUGUGCAAAGUUCAACUUCAGUGAAGCGCGUGGAAGGCGGGGUACAGUUGCCUCUUUUGAUUGGCUGUCGCCUAGUUACCAUGAAGACUGACAGCAACAUACAGCCACUGAUACAUCCGAAAGGUUCCGCUUAUAACCACCAGAACUUCCUUUUCCGUGGGAGGAGUUCAGGUCGCACAUGCGCAGGAGAUGCUGCGCAUAAUUUUGGCUGUAAUGGAUGAUGUGAAUUCUCUCUGAAUCCAGGGCCGUGGAGGGUUUUAUAUCCACGAACAUCGCCCAAUUUAUACGUCUGGUUGCUUCCCAGAGCCGCUCAAGUGAACUGGAACUAAUUUUAACACAUUAAUAUAUGACCAUUUCCGACCAAUAUGAAAAUACAGAGAGUUUACAUUGAAUAUUAAAGCUAAUAUAUGUGAACAAGAAGCAAGCGGGUCAAGUUUUACUUUCUGUUAUGUGGGACAAUAUCCAUGCACAGCGAGCUUUACUGCUUUAAAGCUCAGAAACCGUGUGCAGCGUCUGUUUAAGCUUUGAUGUCGAGGAAGGAUAAGCAAACUAAGACAAGGGGAGCCCGUGUUUUUGUCUUUUCGAGAGGAGCUAGCCUAGCAGCAGCUAGCGCAAUGCGUUGCUUGAGGCACUCUGGAAGCGACCAGUGAUACAACUCUGAAGGACAUGAAUCAGGUUUAUCUUUAAAAAUAAAUAAAUAAAAGUAUUUUUGUUGGGUCUACACUUCUGGACAUUUUUUGGAUCCAUUCAAGAAGACAAAUCUAGCUAAACUGGACUGACUGGGAUGACUUCUGAAUAAGCUGCGCGCGCAUCUUUGUUUUGGUUGCUUCUCUUGCAGGAUUUCGCACUUUUAUCCGCUACUGAGUGAUUUGCUGUUCAUGUGCUGUCUUGACCGCACAGGUCCGCGUCUCCGGAGGACAGCAGUCGCUCUAGCGUGGAGGCAUGCCUGGAUCAGACCGACUGCAUGGGACUAAGAAGAAGGCUGAGUCGCAGAUCCAUCAUCAACAGCAGGCGGCCGAUGGGGAAGGCAAAACAGGUCCGCCUUUGCACGCAGGCUCUGGGAAGCAUCCCACAAAGUCGUUGAGCUCGACCACUACUUCCAAGCACAAACGAAACAAGUCCAAACAUGAGGCCGAAUCCGCCGUCGUCACCUCCGCUCGUCCAGCAGUGGGCGCCAUCAAGCCGCUGGUGGAGUACGACGACAUCAGCUCCGACUCGGACACUUUCCUGGACUCUCCCGCAGAAAACAGAGACGCAGAACGGAUAGACUCCUCGGAGGUUAGUAACGAGAAUAGGACUCACAAACACAAGCGUUCCAGGAAGAAGUCCAAAGACCCUAAUCGGGCCCGGGAGACAGAGGAGAGGGCAGAGAGCGCUAAGAAGACUAGUAAGGACGGGGAUAGAGGGAGCAAAGAGAGCAAGAGGAAGGACAAUGAGAAGUCUAGCUCAGAAGUGUCUCUUGCUUCCACGUCCAGGCGAUCAGGUGAGUCUGGUAGUAAGAGGUCAAGUGACUCCCUCUCAUCAGCUGUGGUGCAGCCACCUGUGAAUUUAGGAAGCAGUGCCUCCUCUGCUUCCUCCUCUCAGAGCAAAGAAAGCUCCCGUUCAUCAAAGUCCCGUAAAGACAAGCAGAGGAGAGAGGAACGGUACGACAGGAGUCAUCGGAAAGCUGCCAAGAGCCGCAGGUCAAGCCCUAAAGGGAAAGGCCAAUCGCGGAAGGCCUCUGCCCAGUCGGGAGGCGACAGUCCCUCAGCUGCCGAUCUGGAAAACAGUUAUUCCUCCAGGCGCAGGGCUGCAAGUCCGAGUCCGUACAGGGAGCCAUCACGACGGAGUAGGCAGAGAUCGGACAGUCCAUACGGACGGAGGAGGUCUUCAAGCUGUGAGAAGGAUGGAAGUCCGUAUGCAAGCAGAAAACACUCACCGGGAAGUCCCUAUGGCAACCGCCGGUCUUCAAGUAACAGUCCAGUGUCCAGGCGUUCCCGAAGCCAUUCUCCACACUACUCCUCCUCUCGCCGCUCCUCAUCUCAUUCUCGCACUAAGAAACAUUCAUUAUAUUCCGGAGGUACCAGCAGAGGCUCCUCCAGCAGUCGACCAGAAGGCCGCUCCCCUUCCUCUUCACGUCUACCAAUCACAUCCAGCCUUGGGGCUGAGCUGACGAGGAGGAAGAAGGAGCGUCAGGCGGCUGCCGCUAAAAACUCUCCUUUGCUCCGCCUGAACACGUCCAACAUGGCAAAUGUGCCGGCGGAAAACACAGAGGUGACACUAGAGACGGCUCCGCCCCCUGACCCUCAAAGGCCGCCCUCUCCAUCUCCGAACACUGUUACAGUAGAGGAGCCGACUGUGGCUCCUCCUCCACCUCUCCCAUUAUCUGGUCCACCACCGCUACCUCUCUCAUCUCCUCCGCCUCUUCCAGCAAACUCUCCGCCCCCUCUUCCUCUCUCGUCCCCUCCACCUCUCCCUUUAAACAGUCCUCAGCCGGCACCUCCACCCGCAGCGCCUGCUAUGUCCGUUUCCUCUCGGCCUAAAAGCCCCACUCAGAAAUCUACACGAAGUCCUGCACACCCUAUGAAGACUUCCACACUUCCACCUCUUCCCCUUCCGCCAGUUCUUCUGGGAGACUGCAGGAACAGUCCAAAGAAGAUCAGUCUUUCCCAAAGGUCAUCACGAAAGGAAAGGGAGAAGGAGAAAGACAAGGAAAAAGAAGUUAGGACACGUCUUCUCAGUGAGUUGCCCCUCCCUCCAGUGCUUCCUGGGGGAGACCCCUCCCCUCCACAGUCACCUUUCCAAGAGCCCCCACCCCUUUUUCAACCAUCCUACAAGAAGAGACCAAAGAUUUGCUGUCCGAGAUAUGGAGAGAGGAAACAGACUCAAAGUGAUUGGGGGAAGCGUUGUGUGGAUAAGUUUGACAUCAUUGGCAUUAUUGGAGAAGGAACCUACGGCCAGGUGUACAAAGCCAAGGACAAAGACACAGGUGAGUUGGUGGCGUUGAAGAAGGUGCGACUGGACAAUGAAAAGGAGGGUUUUCCCAUCACUGCCAUCAGAGAGAUCAAGAUCCUGAGGCAGCUCAACCAUCGCAGCGUUGUCAACAUGAAAGAGAUUGUCACCGAUAAACAAGAUGCCCUUGACUUCAAAAAAGACAAAGGUGCAUUUUAUCUGGUAUUUGAGUACAUGGAUCAUGACCUGAUGGGGCUGCUGGAAUCUGGACUGGUAUCUUUCUCCCAUGAGCAUGUGAAGAGCUUCAUGAGGCAACUAAUGGAGGGGUUAGAUUAUUGCCACAAGAAGAACUUCCUACACAGAGACAUCAAGUGCUCUAAUAUCCUGCUAAACAACAGUGGUCAGAUCAAGCUAGCAGAUUUUGGUUUGGCUCGUCUCUAUAAUUCAGAGGAAAGCCGGCCAUACACUAAUAAGGUGAUCACACUGUGGUACCGCCCACCUGAGCUGCUACUGGGGGAGGAGAGAUACUCGCCUGCUAUUGAUGUCUGGAGCUGUGGGUGCAUUUUGGGAGAGCUCUUCACUAAGAAACCAAUUUUCCAAGCCAACCAAGAACUACUGCAGCUUGAGUUGAUCAGCCGUUUGUGUGGCAGUCCAUGUCCUGCUGCUUGGCCAGAUGUGAUUAAGCUGCCAUACUUCAAUACAAUGCGACCCAGGAAACAGUACAGACGACGCUUACGAGAGGAAUUUGCCUUUCUGCCCACCUCUGCUCUUGACCUGCUGGACCACAUGUUGACAUUGGACCCGUCGAGACGCUGCACGGCUGAGCAGGCCCUGGCGAGUCAGUUUCUUUGUGAUGUGGAGCCCAGCAAGAUGCCGCCACCAGAUUUGCCUCAUUGGCAGGACUGUCAUGAGCUCUGGAGUAAGAAGCGUCGGCGACAGAGGCAAAGCGGAGUGUCUGAAGAUCUUCCUGUUGCCAAAGUUCCCAGAAAGGAACCUGGAGGAGCUCCAGGAGUGGAGAACAGCCGCCCGCCCCCGAGUCCACCCCCACCACCCUCAUCUGCCCAUCCAGCACCGGCAAACAUCCCAGCCAAUGAGCUUGAAGGUCUGGGAGCCGCAGCGGAGCAGUUGAACCAGACCGAGCUGGCGGUGUUACUAAACCUCCUCCAGGGCCGAACAGACAACCUUACCAUCUCGCAGAUGGCCGAGUAUCUCCGCAGCUCUUCUUCUGAAGCCUCUACAUCACUGCUCUCCAAAACGCCCGCCGCCCCCUCCACCCCUGAACCAGACCCCACACAGCCACCUGAACAGCUUUCCACCUUAAUCCAGUCCUCUACUAACCCACAGCCUUCAGAAGUUCCCCAGGAAGACCAGACCGGCCUGCUCGCGCUCCUAUUGGAGCAGCUGAUAAAGGCCCCGGCACAGGGGGCGGAAGAAAGCAACGGAGUCCGGUCAGAAGAGGGCGUGGCAAGAGGUGGCUCAGCUUCUGUCAUAGGCGGCGAUCGCGAGGAUGCUGAAUUAGCAAAGCCCGAUGCGACAGGCUCAAAAGCUUUAGCUUCUGAUGUAACUUCAGACGUAGCGGCCACCCUGCUGCAGCUCAUCUCCCAGCAGGCCUCUGAGAGGAGACUUCCUUCUGCCGACCUGGAAUGCUCCACACCCCCGAGCACGACCCCUCUGCCAGCUUCUUAUACCGCUUCGCCCGCUACAUGCCUGGCAAGCGCUGGUGCAGAAACUCAGUACACCCAGGACCAAGACUUGCGGUACACCACAUAAAAAAGUCGCCCGGUCUUUGUCCAAAAUGUAUUAUGAACUUUAUUUGUUGUUUAUUUUUGUAGUCAGUGUGCUUUAACUACACGUAUCACCUAUGUGUACUACUUAGUAUAUUUCUUUCUUCCUUUAAAGGAAAAAGUGAAUGUUAAAGGGAUAGUUCAUAAAAAAUAAAAAAAUUUUUAAUUCUAUCAUUAUUUUCUCAUCCUCGUGAUAUGAUGGUAGGCAUAAUGACAGCCACAGUCACUAUUCACUGUCAUUAUAUGGAACAAAGAUGCAAUCAAAGUGAAUGGUGACUGAGGAUAACUUUAUGCCUAAAAUGUCCUUUUGUGUUCCAUGGAAUCAAGAAAGUCAUACGGUUUUGGAACUACAUGAGGGUGAGUAAAUGAUGACAGAAUUUUCAUUUUUGUAUGAUCUAUCCCUUUAAGGGAUAAACUCUUGAAUGCUAAAUGGAUGAUGUUCAUCCCUUCCAAUGAUGUAUAGCGUUAUUUGGAGGCCAUCUUUUUCUGCGUUUCCAGUGUAAAACUUGCUGCAACAAACCGUGAAGCUGAGAUUAAGAUGCCACAUUUUCAAAUGGAGGUAUAUGUGAUUUUUUUGAGGGCUGCAUUCAUUUCUGAAGUUAUUUUCCUGACUGACCUGUAUAAUUGUAAAGUAAGAGACUUGGUCUGGCUUACACUACUUUUACUCAUCUGGUCUGAUCCAGUACAGUGAGAAAAUCUGAAUUAGGAAUUGUUUUUAAGUGGGGCUUUGUUUUCCCUGAUUUAUACAAGCUUGUGUGCAUCAGGGGUGUUUUUAUUUUGCAUUGUGGUGUGGAAAAAAAAUCAGGUGGCCUUCUCUAAACACCUCUGCAAGGUACUUUCAUCAGAGUAUGCUGUUUUCAAUCAGGACCAUGCGGUUUUGUAUAGCUCAUUUAAAAUAAAGAUGUCCUCAGAAUUCCUGCUAGACACAACUGAACUGAACCCAAUUAGCCAACUUUGAUUCGAACACGUCAAAUAUACAUGUAGUAAAUCUCAAUAAAAAAAUGUGGCUGAGUACAAUGUGUUUGCUACGGUUUUCUUGGUAUGUAAAAAGUAAUGUAUGACACUUUAGGUCUAAAUCAGGAUCUUUCAUAAUGCAAUCAUAUGUAUGGGUUUAAAGGAUAUAGGGAUUAGGCCGUCUAAGACUUCUUAUGUAGAUCUUAUUAGUUUAAGAUCACAACUAACUAAUCUCGUAUCAUUACUAGAUUUUUAGAUUUGUAUUAGAGAUGUCCCGAUACCAAUUUAUUUAUUGAUUUAUUUUCUUCUUGAGAACAAGUACCAAUACUUCCUUUUCGGUACUUGUCGACACCAGCACCUUUUUUUCUG